GGGGCCGGCCCGCGGGGAGCCUCUGCGAGGGCGACGGCGCCGCCGGGCACGCGGGCAGCGAGCGGAGGCUCGACGCCGCGGGCGCGGACGAGAGCGCGAGCCCAGGCCACUCGGCAGGCAGCGGGGCACCGGGCGCCCCGAGCCAGACCUCGGACCCCGAGGACCUUGUGCUCCUCAGCGAGGCCGCGGCGCCCACCCCCAGCGGGAGCAGCAGCGGCAGCGUCAGCGGCGGGCACUCGGCCAACGACGGCGGCUUGCACCUUCAGGACGGCGCCGCGGGCGCCGACGGCUCGCGAGAGGUGCCGGGCUUACCCUCCGCCGCCGACGAGGCG